AUGCCUCGGUGCCAUUCCCUGUCUGAACUUGAUAAAAGAAAAGUUAUUACUUCUCCAGUUAAUGGACUGAUUGUUCCCUACCUUGAGACAAAUGGUGCGCUUCAUGGAAAAGAGAGGGCAGGCAGUAGGUCUUCUGUGGAUGAAGCACGAACAGGAGCCAGAACCCCUAGAGGACACAACUACAGCACAAACAGUGUGAAAAUGAAAUUCGGAGGAAAGUUCGGAAGCCUGAAGAAAAAUGUUGACGAUGCUAGGCUCGACAAUCUUCGGGGUUCAAAGACAUCCGAAAAUCUGGUUAAAGGCACUUAUCAUACCGAGAGAUCAUCAGGUGGAAUUGGACCCAAAUCUGAAGGAUCUGCAACUGAUGCUCAAGGAAUAAGGAAGGUGUUUGAAAAGGCAGAGAGUAAACUUCCUGAGAUGGAUGGGAAAGUGAAUUUAGAGGAUUGCUGGCUGUCUGCUAGUUUUCCUCCUCCGUCUUUAUCAGGAUUCUCCACCUUCUUACAAGGAUGCACCAACAGAGGCACUCCUCGUCCAGGAUCCAGUCGACCAAGCUCUGAGGUCAGUAUUGGUGAGCUUGACCGAUGGUUGUUUCCAGGGGACAAUGCAUCCCCAUCGCUCACAGGUGGUCAACCAGUGAAGAAAGUGAGCACCCCUUGGGUGUUGUCACCUACCUCAACAUACUCAUCCCCUCCAAAACUGACAACUCAAGCCAGUCCAGCUGGUCAUGGUGUUGCUCUGGCUUCCCCAAGGCCAUUACUUCCACAGGCAAAUCAUCUGCACUUGUCGCCGCAUCAUCCGCUUGCAGAUGCCAGCUCAGGAAUGGGCCCUGAGCCGCUUUUCACUAGCACACCAAAGUCGCCAAAGCCUUCUGCUCCCUCAAUCAGGUAUUUUGGUUCAGACGUUUCGAGUAACCAAAGUGUAGCAGGAUCUGUUAGUUAUUCUGGAGAUGAUACAAUUCCCUACCAAACUAUCCACUGUCUUCAAGACCAGGGUGAAGAUCUCGGCAAAUUGAAACCUUUGGAAGGGAUUCCGUUGGAGCAACACAGCGCUCAUGCAACAAAGUCACAAAACACUUUUCGAAACCAAUCUGAAGUUGAAGUGGAACAAGUUUAUCCAAAGGAAAAACCAAGAGAUAAACGCAGUCCAUCACCAGAUCCUCAAGAUGAACCUAUGCCUGUAAAGCCUUCCAGUAGUUCCCAGACUUCUACACUGCCUCCAUAUCUGAUGCGUUCAAAAGCCUUAGCAGCAGCUCAAGUGCCAGAAAAAGCCUGUCCGCAUUCUGAUCCUGUUGUACGUCCAGUGGACAGCUGUAGUUCCAGUCAUGGCUUGGUUAACACAGGACAGGUAAGCCAUCCAUCAAUUGAACGACUUUCUAAUCAGCAGAGUGGCCAUUUGCGCAAAGACAGCCCUGUGAAUCAUUCUGCAUCUAUUUGCCACAUGCCCAGUAUGCACCAACUUCAGACUAUUUCGUCUAGAAGAGUGAUCAAGGCUCUACCAAAACCACCCUUGUCUCUUCAGAGUCUACCGAGGUCUCCCGACAGUGUCCCCGUUGUCAGGUCAGGACUUGAUGCAGGGUCAUCGCAUCUCAGACGGCCGCCUCCAGGAUACCAGAUGCAGCAGAGGGUACCUCAGUCACAGUUCAGAUGCACACUCAAUGGCACACCUUACACUAUACAUGUGAGACCCUACAAAGGUAGCCAUGUUUCUUCAAGGACACCAAGUGCAGGUUGCAUUCGUUUUCCAGAGAGAUAUCCUACAACCCAAGUGAACACGAGGGAAAGGUGUCAUCAGGAGGCUGUGCCACUGAUGAGAAGUCCUCUAAAUGCGCUGUAUCCCCUGCAAGCGGCUCCUGGACCUUCUCCAGGAUGUACACCAAGGUUCACCACUCAAUUUAAUCCCACUCCUGCCACCAAAACUCUACUACCCCUUGGCAGUUGCCCACCAACCAGUCAUGUCAGUGGUAUGAUUGCACAAGAAGCGUGCCGUAGUUCUGUUCCAGGGGUAACUUGUGCCCCGCCUCUGCAUCGCCCUUGGACUGUUACAAACCAGGCUGCGAGAGGUCCAUCUGUCAGUACUGCUUCUGUCCCUCAUACAGGUCUGAAUGCUGCAGUAGCUUCAUCGAUUCAGGCUAGUGGUAGUACUCAGAUAUGAUAUGGUUAAUACUGGAUAUGUUGACUUUUCAGUACUUUAAUAAUUGGUCAGGUCAAAGUAAUUCUCAAUUUAGAGACCCUUUUCAUUUAAGAAUUCAUGAUUAUCGUAACUUUGCCAUCCUAUAGAGUUACACGGCUUUCAUGAUUAAUGUCCAGAUUAUUCAAUCUUACAAUAGUCAUUAUUCUCUAUUCAUUUCCAUACUUGUUGGAAUGUGGAUAUACUAUCCGUCAAAAUAUUAGAUGGUAGCAAACUGGAUGAAAAGUUGCCAUGCCAUAGCAGAGAUUUCUGUGGUCCCAAAAUAUUUUUCUUGAUCAGAGUAUAUCAUUACUAAUAAACCAUGUAAACAAAUCUUAUCUCAACGCUGUGUAAAUAUAUAAGCAAUGGAACAUUAUAUUUCAUGUAAUAUUUGGUUCAAUUUGAAACCUCAUUUCAUGUUACUUCCUUUCAAAGAUUGAAAGAAUAAUACUAUUAUAUAUUUGCCACAAGUGCCUUAAUUCAUAUCCGUUUUCUAUGCAAAGAGCAAGCUGUUUUUAUAUUUCAAUCUCUACUCAAUGAUGGAAAGGGUAUUACAGGGGGUAUAGCAUAUAGAGAUACGCUUCAUGUUACGAUUGAUCAUAACUUUUUGUACAUGGUUUGCAGUAGACUUACAAUCAAACUUAAUUGUAAAAUAGAUUGCAUGUUUUUACAUGUAUGUCACAGGGCCCGGAACUGACUGUAUGCUUUCAAAGUCAUGAAUAUGGGUUUAUAUUUUUCUGUUGAUUUUAUAUGAUUUAUUACCUUGAAUACAAGGAAAAUAUCCAGUAUUGAUUUGAUAGCAUGUUCAUUUGUAUAUUCCUAUUGUUAUACAUGUAUUUGUAAGAAUGACCCUCCAUACAGGGGCAGAUGCAAGAUUUUCCAAAGGGGGGGGGGGCACAUUUUUCCCAGGAAAAAUUUGACAAGCAAAAAAAAUAAAUAAAGAUGUUUUCAACCAAAAAGUGAUGAUAUUUUGUCCCCGCUAAAAUUUGACAAGCCCCCAAAAAAGGGUCUUCGCUUUCAAAGUUUUAAUGGCAUUUGUACAUUACAUAUUUUAAUUUUGCUUCUCCCCCCCCCCCCCCCCUUGGAUCCGCCGAAGUAUAUUUGCCAAAGUUAGAGUAUUAUACAUGUAUAGACCUGGGUCUCGUUACACAAAAGUUAGAACUUAAUUGUACGCUUGAUUUCCAUGAUAGAUCGUACAUUGUAGUCAAUGCAAUCAUUCAUUAAACAUUUGUCUGCGAUCAUUGCUAGGCUUUGUGUUGCGGGCUCCAGAUUGUACAAAGCAUGUUACGUACAUCUUCUACAUCGAUUUUCUCAGAAGUUGAACAGGGGCCCGUCUUACAAAUAGUUGCGAUUGAUCCGAUUAAUCGUAACUAUGGAAAGCCAGCAAAGUCAAUAUAUAAAAUACAUGCUUGUUAAAAAAAAUUCUAGAUUUCUUGACAAUUUGGUGUGUUCUCCUUUGUUUAAAAAGGACAUUUGCAAAUUUCCUGUAGAAAAAAUAAUGACACUGAUGGAUUUCCAUAGAGUUACGAUUGAUUGGAUCGAUCGCAACUCUUUGUAAGACGGGGCCCUGAUUUCCUAGGUUCCAUUAGAUAUGAAUCAGGUGAAGUGAACUGUGCUUUAAUUCAUAUCUUGUAAAAUAAUGUCACUAAUAAUAUCUUUUAGUUUAUGUUGUCCUUCUAAUACCAUCAUUGAACUUGAAGUCACCUACUACCUCUCCGGAUCUCCCGCUGGGCAAUUCCAUAAAUUAUGUACGUCCGACCCUCUUAAUGUGGGACCUUCAUGAAAUUUUCUGUCUCUGAUAUUUUGUUCUUAUGACAGUGUAAUGUUCUUAAAGGACCAUGACUUGGGCAGUUUAUGAAGUGAAGUAAAAUUUGAUAAAAAUGGGGGUCAGACGUUAAAAAGGUUGAUCAUUUUAUGGAAUUGCCCAGCUGUAAAAUCAAGUAAAUCUUGAUAAUUGAAUUUCCUUUUUAUUUGUCUUUUUAUGAUAACUUGAUGUUAUAUUUUAUCACAGCAUUACUUGUUGAAUACAUUCCAUGCAUAUUUAUUGAUUGUAUGAGUAAGACAUUAGAACACUGUUAUAGAAGCUGCAUCGGAAUUGACGUCAUUCCACACUAAAGCUGCUAUAGCCUAUAAUCAAGGCGGAGUCUGCAGUUAGUGUUUUUGUCUGAUGUGGCGAAGACUAGCUAAUGCUGCUUCCAUAUUGGAUGUUCUGUUAUGUAGAUGAAUAUCUUUUAUCAAGUUGAGAAAAAAAUCUGAUUUUGCUCCUCAAAUCGGCAACAAUCAUUAAUUUUCUAUUUAUAUGAAUACUUUUCAAUAUGAAUAACUUAUAAAUCAAUGAUAUUAGCCAUUGUUUUUUAUUUUUAAUGGAAAGUUGCCAAUUAGCAUUUUUAAACAGUGAUUUUUGUUGUUUUCAUUGUAUUGCCAAUUUAGAGUUUUUACUGAUUAGCUUCAGUUAAAAUCCAAUGUUGAUUGUUCUGAGAAAAUGGUGAAAAGUCCAGAAAUUAUUUUUGUGAAAUUAAGAACAAAAUUUAAGAAAUCUGAAGAAAAAAAAUUAUAGUUAUAAUGACUUCAAUUUUACCACUGUAAUAUGGCAAUUUUUGCUUGAUGCUGAUGUUUUUAAACUAUAUCAUUUAAAAAAAAUAAAAAAUCAGCUUUCUAAAUAAAUAAAGUAGUUUAGCAAGUAGUCUUCUUAUUUCAUUCCAACUAUCUAGCCAUAGUGUACAGUGUACAACGUCAGGACAAAAGAGUUUUUGUCAUUUCAAUUCAAUACAUCCAUGUUCAUUUACUAAUCUUAACAUUUUAAAUGCUGAGUUUUUCUAUUUUUUUUUUUUUUUUUUUUUUAUGAAAACUGUAGUGCCUCUGAUCUUUAAGAUUCCAUCUAAUUUAAUCAGACAAUACACAAUCAUGUGUUGAUUUCGACAAUUUUUUGUAAACAGAGACAAGCAUUUGUAUCUGUAGUUUCCAUCUUUCUGAUACUAUAUUUUUCAAGCUGCAUUUCAUGAUUUAAAUUUGUUAUUUUUACCUUUUUUUAUAUUCAUUGUAUCGGUAUUAUUUUACCAGUUGUAGAUAUUGAAGUCUGGGAAAAGUAAUUUUAAUUGUUUACUCUCUCACAGAAGUAUUUCUUGAUAAAUUAAUAUAUUUCUUUUUUAAUGAGCUAGUUUCAUCAUGUAGUUGAUUUUAGUUGGACUUCAUCUUCAUAGAUAUAUUCAUUUGUAAGUAUUUAGUUCAGUUAUAUUCUGUUUAUAUUAAGCAUAUUCCAUCUCUUUUUAUUUAGGAUAAAUAGAAGAUACCUGGUGGGCAUUUCAUAAUGAUGUUCGUAAGUUAAUAAGAACUUUAAGAACGACUGGUGAACCUUUCUUGCUAAUACCUUGGUCACAUUUGAUUCAAACCACCUAUAUGUAGUUGGACAAAAAAUGUUAAAACGGCUGUUUUCGACUCGCCGUACGGCCGCCGUAGAACAAAUGUGACCAUGGCAUAAAUAAUCACCAAUGAACAUAUAAUGGUGAAUAUCAUUUACCACAAGAUAGGAUCAGCAGUCGUUCUUAAUGUCACUCUUAACUUAUGAACAGCCCCCGGGUUGGGGUUUCAUAAUGCUGUUCGGAAGUUACGAAAUCUCUAAAAUUUGAAUCACAAAGUCUAUUCAUGGACUCCAUUUUCUAAGUUUUUACUUUAAAUUCAUUUAACACUUUUUGUGUACAUUUCAUCAUUUUAUUAUGAUAAUCUGCUUUUAUACCAAGCUUAAAUAGAGCUCUCUGUAUGUAAAUUAUGUAUAAUUAACGGCUCUACAAAUGUAUGUAACUACAAUAUGUAAAAUGUGUACAUAUGUGGUUACAUUUGGACUUCAAUUCUGUGCUUCCUUCAUGUGAACAAUAUGUGUAAUUCUCUUAUGCCUUCCGCAUGUUUUGAUGUAUAAAUCUAAUUUUCUAUGAAGGGCAAGUACUGUGUUGUAGAUAUAUAUAUUGUACAGGUGAAAUAAAGAUGUGUUUUGCCAAGUUACCUAAA